CGGAAGUCGGGGCUCGAGCCCCAAGCGACUCUGGGACAGGGUCGCCGGGGGAGGAAGGCCGCGGCGGGUCAUGUGACCGGAAGGGCUCCUGACGGACGCCGUCCCUCCUCGGCGCCGCCUGAGCGCCCGGCCCGACCCCGGCCAUGGGGUGCUGCUACAGCAGCGAGAAUGAGGACUCGGACCAGGACCGGGAGGAGCGGAAGCUGCUGCUGGACCCUAGUAGCACCCCUACCAAAGCCCUCAACGGAGCGGAGCCCAACUGCUACAGCUUGCCUUCAGCUCGCACAGAUGAGCAAGCCCUACUCUCCUCCAUCCUCGCCAAGACAGCUAGCAACAUCAUCGAUGUGUCUGCUGCAGACUCCCAGGGCAUGGAGCAACAUGAGUACAUGGACAGGGCAAGGCAGUACAGCACCCGCUUGGCUGUACUUAGCAGCAGCCUGACCCAUUGGAAGAAACUGCCACCGCUGCCCUCUCUGACCAGCCAGCCCCACCAAGUGCUGGCCAGCGAGCCCAUCCCCUUCUCUGACUUGCAGCAGGUAUCCAGGAUAGCUGCUUAUGCUUACAGUGCACUUUCUCAGAUCCGUGUGGACGCAAAAGAGGAGCUGGUUGUACAGUUUGGGAUUCCAUGAAGAGAGGGGUUCUUGGACAGCUCUUCUCUCCUCUUCACCCCGUCUCCACCCCUCCUCUCCUGGCCCCCAGGCUCACUGCGGCUUAUACAGUACCUAACCUGCUACUAAUCACAGAGAAGAAUGUGGAGGAGGAGGAGAAGAAGAGUGAGGCUAGAAGCCUGAGCAAGUGAGGACUGAGCAAGGGAGGGCAGAACCAACCAGGACUGGCCUUCAAAGCCCUGGCCAGGGUGAGGUUGGGGCCAAGAGAACAGGUCCUGGCAGAUCUUCACAGUCAUUAGGAAGAUGGAGAUGCCACUGUAGGGGUGAACACCGGGGGACCUGGAGGAUCCCCUUCCCACCCUUUCUCUUGGCCUCCGCAAUUCACUCUCGUCCCCUUCCCUGACUUGGUGCUCACAUGCACCUUACUAGGGAUUGUGACCAGGGUCUAGAUGAGCUUGAAUCUGAAUUGAGUUUGCAUUUCUAGCACCCUGGGUUUUUACAUGUUUGGUCUUUUUGUUUUUGUUUGUCACCCCUCGAUAAAGAAAGUAUAUUCAUCUGUGUGUUGGUUCA